GCUUACACACACACAGAGCCCCUCCGUGUUGAAGCAAAGCUCCGCUCCGUCUAGUCUCUCCUCGGCUGCCGAGCCGCAGCUGGUUUGAUUCUGCGGGCUGCGCGGAGCCUCGUCGUGACAAGAGUUUUGGGGAAUCGCCUGAAGGAGGAGUGAGCCGAGGAGAAAGAAGGUGGAAUCCUGCUAUCAGAUGUACAGACUCGGUGUAACACAUGGCUGACAGCAAGAGGGGGUGAAAGAGAGUAUAAGAGUGAGGAAUCUCAAGACGGACUGUCAUAGAGAGAAGAUACAGUCUGUGGCCAGUCCCCUGCUAUUUUGCAGCUGUGUUGGAGUCAGCAAAUGUUCUUCAGCUUUGAAAGGAAAAUGGGAUCUCUUUUUACAUCUCUUUCCUGUGAAGAUGGGUACGGACCAGAGCAAAGUAAAGCCUUCCUGGCUGUGAAUGAGGCCCCUGGGGCUUUUUUGUGGAAGUAUUUGUGAUAACCCUGCUGGAUCUUCUGCUGUCACCAUCCUCCAUGGUUGUCAUUAGUGGCUAAUGAGCUGCUGCUAGAGGAAAAGGAGAAUGUGCCUGUGGAGAGAGGCAGGACCUUACAGCUGUUAUUAGGAGGCACAGAGAUCUCAAACAAGGAAGUCUUUGCCCUUCCAAAAAAAAACCAAUCUAACCAUUUCAAACCAGGAGCUUUCAAAGCUUUGGAAGUUGUUUUGAUAUGUCUCCUUUAUAUGGUCUUAAUAAUAAUAGUUUGUUUUUGUGUUAGCAUUAUAUGUCUGUUGAGAAUGACACGAAUUAGAUCAAGGACACAAUAUUUUAGCAAGAUGAUUUAUUGAUUGGACAUGUACUCUAACUCUUUAAAAGUGAACAUUAUUAACAAAAGGAUCUUUUAUGAAAUCUUGUUAAAUAUCUAGUGUUUGUUGUACAUUUUAGUAUCUUUGACUAUCUUAUGUCUUGAAAAGUUGGCCACCAUGGCAGCAGCCUACCGUGUAGUUGUAAGCAGUGUCAGCUGCUACAACAGUGUGGUGGUGGACCGACGCGUUAACUCCCAAGCUGUGCACUACUGUGCAGGGCCAUGUGGGGCGCAGUCCCAAGGUUUAGACUGUACCGUUGCACACCGUAGCACAUGCUCUGAACUCCUUGCUGCCCUUGAUCCUACCUACAAUGACUUCAACAGCUCACCUGUACAUACCCGUAACAUGAUCUCUCAGCACCUUCCUAACCAUAGUAAACUUUGUGGUUCCAUGGAUACGUUUCAUAAUGGUGGCCUGGAGAGGGCAGACAGCAGUGGCAAUUUGUCUUUAGGGGAGGACAGCCCCACAUGGAGGGGUAAAAAGACCUCCAUUGGCGGAGGAUCCACUGGGAAUUUGAGUUGCUCUGGCAGCCUGAAGGACAUUACUGAAGAGGCCAUUAACCUGGCCAGUGGCAAACUCAAAGAAUUUUCUUUUGACAAGCUUCGCCUGUCCUCCUCUAGUCAUGUCACUCUCCGCAAAGGUCGUAAAGUGCGCCCUGACUCUUUUAGUCGUCGCUCAACUGACCUGGAGAUCAUAUAUGGCCACUUCAGCUCCAGUCUUACAACAAGCACAACUAAUAGUAUGACAAAUGGCAUAGUUACUUCUAAUGAUGAGAACAUGCCACCAUUUGUGUUAGGGAAAGGAAAUGGAGCGGAGGAAGCAAAGCUAAAGGGGAGCUCUGGUCCAAUGUCAAUCAACACAAAGGUGGCUAGUGGCUUGACGAGUAGCCUUUCGAGUAUUGGAUCACUGGACCAGAGUCUGAACACCGUGGCCUCCUUGUACCGCACCACCCUUGGAGAGGAGAACCUAAUUGCCCGACUGCUAGAGAAGACAAGGGCAGAGGCAGGAAGUGGGGGAGCAGGCGGUGAGGACAUCCGUGCUUGUCUUGACAUCCUGCUUAAAUGUUCUGAAGACUUAAAAAAAUGCACUGAUAUCAUCAAACAAUGCAUCAGACGCAAAGCAGGUGGCGAUUCAGAGAAUGGAGGAACGAAUCCUGACAGCAUUUAUCGGGCUGUGAUGACCCGACUUAGCUCCUAUCUCAAGAGACUUCCUUUGGAGCUGGAAGGGGUUGGAAGUUUGGGAAGCACGGGCCAGGGCAGUCAAAGUUCACCUGGAAGUGGGCACAAUGACCUGGCUGAACUGAUCAACACUCUUCACUCUAUCCAACAGGCACCAUUUUCUCCAAUCUUUGGCAAUGAGCAACCUCCCCGCUAUGAAGAUGUGGUCCAGUCACCUCCUAUCUCCAAGACGUUUUUACACUCCUCAUCUUCUGCUACUUCCUCAGUCUCAGCUUUGUCCACAUUAUUAAAAUCAAAUUCCAUCCAUACCAAAUUAGUCCAGAGUUCAGUCUUGCCAAAGGACAUCUCACUUAGCAAUGGACUACAGCCCGCACAUACUUCUUUGACAACCCAGCAAACUCUGUCUCCUCCACCAGUAACGUGUACGCCUUCUAGCUCUUCUCCAAUAAUCUCUCCCUCCUCUCUUCGAAACUCUCCGACACCAUCAUACACACACACUCCCCCGGCAUCGCCCAUGGAAGCUCUUUAUAUUGAGGAAGAGGAGGCAGAUAUUGAAAAGUCUACAGAUCAAAUCUCCCAGCUGACACACAGUCCAAACAGAGGGAUUAACGAUACCCACAACAAAAAUGGAACUAUCAUGGGACAGCAACUGCACCUAUCCCAAUCUAACACAGUUAAUAACUCUUCAAAUCAUUUGCCAGGCAGCUCUGGCUACAUUCCCACGUGGCCUUCCUCCACCUCAUUAACAGUCUCUGCACCUAAAGCUGCUUCACGCAGAGAUGAUGACAUUGAUAAGCUACUGAUGGACUUGGAGAACCUCUCUCAGAGUAUGAGUCACCCUAGAACCACAGAACCACCACUUCCAGCUAAGACCAGAAAGAGAGUGGGAGCACAAGGGAUUAUCUCCAGUGAGUCUUUUACUCAAGCCAGAACCGCCCAGUAUCAAGGACAAAAACCAACCAGCCACCUUGGCAUGAAUGGUGUUAGCCCCAAAGUGACCCAGAGUCCCACUCCUCCUCAAGGAGAGAACAGCGAAACUGUGGCUGGAGAUGAAGAGGAUGGGGCACUUCUGUUGAGAAUUCUUGAAAGCAUUGAAAGUUUUGCCCAAGAGCUGGUUGAUUCUGGAGCAGGGAGUACAGGUAGCGCUGAGAGAAAAUUUGGAAAGGAGAGGGAGGUGAUGAGACUCCUGCAGGAUACACUGGUCACCAGCGGCAGGGCCGAUACCCCAGACAGCACAACACCACCAGUAGUUUCCUCUGCUCCUUCCAUGCACCCAGUUGGAGUCAAACCUGUUGUUUCAAACCACACUCAAGAAAAUGCACCCACAGUUUUACUUGCACCAGCAUUUAUAAGUGCAGCAUCUGAAGUUGAGCAAAAUGCUACAUUUGAAUCUAAACCUACAUCAGAUGCCGUUCCAGAACUUUUGUCUAAGCCAGUGCCAGAUGAAACUACUACAGCUCCUAUAGUUGAGGUUCAUUCAGAAUCUCCUCUUGCCUCUGAAGCGUUUACACCAGCAAACCCUCAGAAAUCCAACCUUUUAGAUGAACCUGCACAGAUGGUCUAUCUGGAAGCACAAUCUCCUGUUACCAUUUCAGUCACAGAUGAUGAUGUCAUUGCUGAUGGUGAACCCUCUGAUUUGAGAGAAGCUAGUUCUACCCUUCUCAUCCAGCAGACUCCAGAGGUCAUCAAACUUCAGCCCAAACCAGAAAAAAAGCCAGGAACACCGCCUCCAGCCGCAGCUUCCCCACCCCCCACGCCACGUUCGCCAAGCCCUCCUCCAGCCCCAGUGAUCAUUACACCCCCUCCUUCUGCCGUUAACAUUCCCAGGUUCUACUACCCCCGUGGGCUCCCUGCCCUGUGCCCGGCUGCCAACCACGACGCAACCAUCGCUGCCAUAGAGAAAGCCUUCGCCGAGUUCGAGGAGGAGAAGGCUGACAUUUAUGAGAUGGGCAAGAUUGCAAAGGUGUGUGGGUGCCCACUUUACUGGAAGGCCCCCAUGUUCUACGCUGCUGGUGGUGAGAGGACGGGCUUUGUUUCAGUUCACUCAUUCAUUGCAACAUGGAGGAAGUUGUUACACAGUUGUCAUGAUGAUUCAUCAAGGUUUAUUUACCUGUUAACUAAACCUGGGCUCAACUAUUUGGAACAGGAAGACUUAAUUCCUCUACUCCAGGACAUUGUGGACACACACCCUGGGCUCACGUUUUUGAAGGAUGCACCUGAAUUCCACUCACGCUACAUAACUACGGUGAUCCAGAGGAUAUUUUAUGUGGUGAACCGCUCCUGGACGGGCCGCGUCACCAUGACGGAGCUGCGCAGGAGCAACUUCCUGCAGACUCUGGCUCUCCUGGAAGAAGAGGACGACAUCAACCAGAUCACCGACUACUUCUCCUACGAACACUUCUAUGUUAUCUACUGCAAGUUCUGGGAGCUGGACACUGACCACGACCUCUACAUUGACCCCAAGGACCUGGCAAGAUACAAUGACCACGCAUCCUCAAACAGAAUCAUCGACAGGUUGUUUUCCGGUGCUGUUACCCGGGGUAAUUCAGUGCAGAAAGAAAGCAGGAUGAGCUAUGCUGAGUUUGUUUGGUUCCUCUUAUCUGAGGAAGACAAGAAAAAUCCAACCAGUAUGGAGUAUUGGUUCCGCUGCAUGGACGUCGAUGGUGAUGGUGUCUUGUCCAUGUUUGAAUUGGAAUAUUUUUAUGAAGAGCAGUGUGAGAGGAUGGAGAGGAUGGGCAUCGAACCUCUGCCCUUCCAGGAUUUGCUCUGCCAGAUGCUUGACUUAGUCAAACCUGAGAAUCCAGGUAAGAUAACCCUGAGUGAUCUGAAGCGUUGCCGGAUGGCUCACAUAUUUUUCGACACCUUCUUUAAUCUGGAGAAGUACCUGGACCAUGAGCAGAGAGAUCCAUUUGCAGUGCAAAAGGACUUUGACAGCGAUGGUCCAGAGCCAUCAGACUGGGAUAAAUAUGCUGCAGAGGAGUAUGAGAUACUGGUAGCGGAGGAGACUGCAAACGAACAGCUCCAUGAAGGGACAUUUGAUGACGAUUAUGAAUCUGAGGAGCUUCAAAUGCCAGGAGAGCUUGGGAAUAAAAUGGAGAAACUGGUCAUAUCCGACCUGUCAGCAUAAAACUCCUUACAUGGAAUUGCUGGGCUUCUGAUAAGGGCUGACACAUAGGAUCCAAGUGAAAAAGGACUUUCUGGCAUACAUAUUUAAGAUUGUGUGGCUGCCACUGACUCCCCUAAGGAUGGGGUUUUUGAGUGUGUUUGUGUAUGUACACUUCUGUUUUAUUGUGUAUGUGAUGCAGUUAUGCAUUCACACACAUAGACAGGCCAAUAUCAACUGCUCUUUAAUCCACUUGAGGAGAAGACAGUGGAGAAAAACUGCUUGAUAAGCUCUUGGGAGAAUAGGAGAAAACUACUUAACUGUAAAAAAAACUGACAAUCAUGCCAAAAGACAAUCUGUUUUCUUCUUUUUUAAGUUUUUAACGUUGCUGUGCCAAGGUAGACAGACUAGGAGAGACCUUUAGAUGAGAGCUCUUUAAAGUUAUUAAAGUCCCUGCCACUGAGGAUCAGCAGUCCCCUCCUCCAUAGUGACCUGGCCCUCAGGAACAUGCUGCAUGUGCAGGUUGUGACUGCACUUCUGGUAAAGGAAGUUGUUAAUGCUCAAGUCCCCUCAGGGAGAGGCCAUAUAACAGUUCGGGGCAUCAGCACCUCCUCUAUGUGGACAGUAAGUGCUACUGCAUGCAUGUCCCUGUGACUGCAUGGUCCAGGAUGGCUGGGUUUUACAUCCCAUGUGGCAACCCAGUCCUCUCACUGCCUGAGCUACUCAUUGGAGCCGCACUUCGUCCGAAGACUCCAUGGACUGUAGCGUUCAAGCCCUGCAUUUCAGAUAUCAAGGAAAGACGCACAUGAAAGGAAGCAUACUGCCAGUCAUAUCAAACUCUCUGGUAGGGUUGUCCAAACAUUUCCACAUGUAACCUCUGUGAUAAUGCAGACCGUGUGUUUUAUUUUAAGAUCUGUGUUUCCCUCCUGCUGGUCUCUUUCAGCAUCUGUUUUUUUUUUUUUUUUUUUUAUUUCUACCAUUUUAUAUCUCUAAAACGCUAGAUCUAACAAGCAAAAACGGCUGAUGUCUGCUGUUGUCAUGGAGAGGCACAACUUAGUAUUAUUAGUUGGUGUAUAGCUGAAACAGUAAAAAAGGAUUUUUUUUAUUCCAUCCACUAUCUUGAACAGUCUGUUUGUAAUACAUCUUUCAUCCAGAUGUUGUCAGUUAUUCACAUGUAGAGUGAAUAGUAACUAAAUUUCAUGAUGUCCAUGAUGUGUGUUGUGCGCACACACCCACAACUUUGCAUUUCAAACUAUUAAGUUAUUUCAUGCUAAACAUGCUGUCCUUUUUUGACAUUUCAGCCUACACCUUAUUACAGUGAAUGUCUGCAGCAUUUCGUUAGUGGCUUUUACCUUGUUGAACAUGACUUAACACAAUAUAUCACAGCUUUUCUGACACCCUGUCCCAGUAACCCAAAACACACAGAUUGAGGAAAAAAAAUCCCAAAACUGAGAUUUUUUCAUAGGGGAUAAUUUUGGAUUUUUGAAAUGAGGUUCUAUAAAGUUUAUCUGCGCUAUACUCAGUAAAUAACGCUCCUGGUGUCUUCAUUUAGUAACAAUCCAGAUUAGUUGAAACGGGAGGCUAAAACGAAUGGCUAAUCAAGAAUGAUCUUAUUUGAUUCUUAAUCAAAUAAGAUCAUAAAACAACUCCAGUGCCAACAACUAUUUAAAAGCGGCGGCGCAGGGUUAAGGCGCACAGCACAUGUACAAUGGGUACAGUCCUCAACGCAGCCAUCACAGGCUCGAGUCCCGGCCCAUUGAGUUUGGCUGCAUGCCGCCCCCUCUCUCUCUCCACCCCAUUUCCUGUCGGCCAACUUACAAAAUAAAGGCCACUAGUGACACAUAGUAAGAACAGACCGUGUAAAGCAUUUUCCAGUCCAGACCAGCAGACCCAGAGUUCAGGCGGCCGGAUCGGCGAUCAGCGGGCCGGUGACGUAGGAGCCGAUGAUCUGACGGCCGGCGGCGGGACCAGGAGAACCCACGGUGGAGCUCAGAGGCGGUGCGAAGACCGCUGGGACCUAAGGCGAGGCUGUGGAGAUCUGCGGCGGAGCUGCCAAGACACAGCAGGCGGAGAGGGUGCGUCCUCGCACCCCUCAGGGACAGGAACAGGAAGUGGAGACAGGUCUUCCACGAACUCCUCCGGAAACGGGAACCCGGGAUGGAGGCAGUUUGUCCACGAGCCCCUCACGGACAGGAACAGAGUGUGAGGGCGGCUCGGGUUGGGACCCCUCUGGAACAGGACCAGGAACGAGUUGUGGUGGCGGUUCUUCCAUGAACCCUUCUGGAACUGGGACAGGAUUAGGAGUCGGAAGUAGCGGCGAUGGCUGACCAGGAGCUAAACCAUGAGCCGGAAAACCGUGUCGAGCUUCGGUGGAGAGCCGGGUGGAUCUGAGGAUCAGGGAAAAAAUCCCUCCUCGCUUCGAGCCAGUCUUGGAGGCUGCCAGGUAUUUCCAGCCUUCUCCAUGGUGAGCUGAGAGAGGUCACCUGGUGAAAAAAUAAUUUGGCCAGAACCUCACCCCUCUUGAAUUCCCUCACCAUUCCUCCCGCUUGGUCCCGUUGGUUCCUUCUGUUAUAAUGUGGGUUUCUGUUGGACCAAUAUGCGGGGAAGAACUCCUGAAGCUUGAAGUUUGCAGGUAAGACGACAAUUUAUUGCUCACGGCUGGACAAGGACGGGGUACCAGGCGUGCACACGAACAACACACAAGGAACCAGCGGCGAACAAAGGAAACAAAUGGGCUUAAAUACAAAACUGAACAGCAGGUGGAACCAAUGACACACGUGACCAGACAAUCAGGUGUGGGUUUAGGUUGCAGGGAGACCGAAAACAAAGGACUACCCAGGUAAUAUAACAAAACACAAACAGGUAUGACAGUUACAUCUCUGGUCUAGUAGUAGAGGUGGGCCAAGCAAAGCCCUCCACAUCACGUGUAUAUCAAGUGGACACCAAUUUGGCCUUUUCAGCAUGAUGUAGAUUCAUGUUUUGACUUUUUUCCCUACAGCAGUUCACACAUAGUUUAAAGUUGGUCCAUGUUGCAUGAUUAGUUUUUUUGGCAACUUUGCUUUUGAGAGUAAAAUCAUUUACUACUUUUAAUGUUAACUAGACCCAUUAAUUACUACUUAUUAUUAAUAAUAAUGAUUCAGUUUUAAGACCACAGCAGUCCGCUUUGGUCUUAGCCCCUCUUGGCCUAGCUUUAGCCUCUGGGACUAACUUAUCUGGAUUAUCUUAAAUGACGAUGAUAUUAACUACUUAAAAAUUCCUUUAAAUGGUAUUAUUUACGGCGCUGCACUCACAGGGACAAGUGUCUGUGUCUACUCAAGCUAGCAGCCUGUGUUGGCUUAGAAAUCACAGACAGAGGAGUGUGUUUUAGGAGCGAUUGGUGUGGCCAUUGAGGUUGUGCUGAAUAGGUUUGCAUUGCACAUGUUUUGAAUUCUUUAAUUAGGAGCAGAUCUGGUGUUGUUGCCUCAGAUUAACUGCUACAUACCUCCACUUGUUGUACACAGUUUGUAUUCAAAGGAACAAAGAGCUGUAAAGAUUUACAGCAUCUACCUUAAACUCUCCAACUCUUUAUACCAAUUGUAAAUCUGUCUUCUGUAUUAAACUGUACUUUAACAACUGUUAUAAUAUAAGCCAUUAAGUCAUUUGAGCUAUGAUAAGCCUGAUUGUUUUAUGAUGUGUCAUGAUUUGUAUUGUUGUGCCACUGUGUGGCUUGGGUUGGGGGGUAAAUUAUGGUAGAUGUGUGUUUGUUAGUGUGUUAGAUUUGUGGAUUUUUAUCACUAGAAAUAGAUAAAAUCCUCCUUUUUCCCAUUCUGACAACCACACAAACAGAACCUUUAAAGCAUUUCUCUCUCACACACACUCACUCUCUAAAAAUAAGUGGGUUGCUAUUCUUAACCUUUCUGUUCUAUGCAAUGUGUCCUGGUGCUCAAAUGUGAUGCAUCAUAAAGUAAGAGAAGCCAUGCAGGACUUUAGCAUCAUAUCUCUUUAAGAAGAGCUGCAGAAAUGACUUUUAUUGAGACAUUCUUCCUCUUCUACAGAGAAGACACGAGGAGGACGUUCAUUGUUGGAAAUUGUGUUGGCAUGGUUUUUGUUCCUUCUUGCUUUCUUACUUGCUGACUUUCUUUCCCUUUUCUUAUGCCACCUCUAUCUGAAGUUUAAGGUUAAUACAUCUUCAAUAAACCUGCUUCAUUAA